CAACUUGGUGGCCACAGGAGCAGCAGCCCUUGCUUGCCAGCCCGGGACCUUUCUCUGUGCAGCUCCUCUAGCGUGGAAAGGGACUUCUGAUUGAGGCACUUCCAGCUAAUUCCACAGGAGUUGUAGCUGCCUGUGACAUAAACUGAGACAGAAGUUUCCCCUCAGAGGCUGUGGUUCUUUUUUAUUGGCAAAGACUUCUGGCUCUCUUCAGAAGAAUAUCUUGUUGCUUAAGAUGAGUGGCUGUAGAAAACGGUGUAAACGGGAAAUAUUGAAAUUUGCCCAGUACCUGCUCAGGCUAUUAACAGGUUCUCUUCACACAGAUAGCGUGGAAGAUGAGCUGGAGAUGGCCACAAUCAGGCAUCGGCCUGAGGCUCUUGAACUUCUGGAAGCUCAGAGCAAAUUUACCAAGAAGGAGCUCCAGAUUCUUUACAGAGGAUUUAAGAAUGAAUGCCCCAGUGGUGUGGUUAAUGAAGAAACCUUCAAAGAGAUUUACUCGCAGUUCUUUCCACAGGGAGACUCCACAACAUACGCGCAUUUCCUGUUCAAUGCAUUUGACACAGACCACAAUGGGGCUGUGAGUUUCGAGGAUUUCAUCAAGGGUCUUUCUAUUUUGCUCCGGGGAACAGUACAAGAAAAACUCAACUGGGCAUUUAAUUUGUAUGACAUCAAUAAAGACGGCUACAUCACUAAAGAAGAAAUGCUUGACAUAAUGAAAGCAAUAUACGACAUGAUGGGUAAAUGCACAUAUCCUGUCCUCAAAGAAGACGCACCCAGACAACACGUCGAGACAUUUUUUCAGAAAAUGGACAAAAAUAAAGAUGGUGUCGUUACCAUAGAUGAGUUCAUUGAAAGCUGCCAAAAAGAUGAAAACAUCAUGCGCUCCAUGCAGCUCUUCGAAAACGUGAUUUAGCUCGUCAGCCGGAGAUCUGAACCAGACAGACAGGUGUGAACUCCCCACCGCACUCCCAGCUGGGGCCGCCCUUGUAGCAUAGACUGCUCAGCUUGCACUGAGGCACAUCAUGCAGACAAGCUUUGUUUUACUAUAAAGCAACCCCCAAAAGAUUUGAGUUUUCUGGUUAAAAAUUUGCAUCCUUUUCCUGACACCACUGAGUUCUUGGGAUGUUCCAAACCAUUUCAUACCCUGUCAAUAUUGAAAAGUACCAGAAUCUGGCAUAUAUAGUUUUAGGGAUUCUUUAGCCACGAGACUACUGAGGCUUCCACAUUAGAGCGAUUUUAAAAUACCAGUGUUUUGCUCCUCAUUUGUAAGUAUUCAGCCCCAGGAGUUUCAAUGGUUUUUUACAAUAUUGGCAUCUGCACUUAAUUUCAAGAAAUUAGUCUCCACGCUUGUAUGCUGUAAUUCAUUUACAUAAAGUAAACAAGAUUAAUGCAAUUAGAAAACAAACCCAGUCCCAGUUUUGAUGGAUCUGCUGCCUUCUGUCAGACAUCCAUUCAGCUGGCAUUUUUUGUAACACCGUAUUAGCUUACUGCCAGCUGUCAGCAUACACACCAUAAUAUUUAAUGAGCAUUUAAUUUUUCAUAAUAUCCAUCACAGGCCUGCACAAUGUAUAUAAUUUUGGAUUUGUUUAAUCCUAGAGGCUGAGGUUUCUAUUGUUAUUGAAUGGAAGUCUAAGAGGUGUGAAACAAAGCAAGGGAGUUCCCAGGAUGUCUGUCCCCAGUGCAGAAUGCCGGGAGGCAAGUCUCUUAGCAGCAUCAAAGGCCUAGACCGUCCUCUGACCUCAGCACGUUUGUUACGUGCCGUCAGGGACAAAGCAACCAGACUACCCCCACGCCUACCAGGAAUGACCAGCAAGCAGAAUUCACUUUGAAAGCAUCAGUAACUGCACCAUGUUGAGAGCUAGGAUGCCAACAGGUCGUGGAAAAGUGAAUACAAGAGCUAAACAGCGCUUCUGAUUUAGAGCACUGUAACAUUCCCAUAAUUCCAUUUCUUUUGAAUGAUCUUAAGCCAAAAUCGCAAGUCGCCACAACCUGACUGAAGACACACACACCUUCCCUGUUUUGCCAAAACGUCACAAAGACCAAGAGGCUUCCGUAGGAGGAAGUGUGCCACUGUCCUGGCCACAGCAAUCAGGUGUCUAUUCAGGUGUAGGGACAGGAUGAGGACAGCCGCCCUGCUGGCGCCAGCGUAGAAUCCAGAGUAGUACAGUCCAUGUACACUGAAAGCUGCCAUCGCGUGUCUGUGUAAACUCAGCGUGCACAUUUUGUAUUUCAAAAAAGCAAAUAAAAUGUUUAUAACUCG